GGGUUCGGCCUAAGCCGGCGCCGCAGGGUGACCACCUGGACGCGUCGGCGGAGGUGGCUUCAGUCCCGGGGAGCCCGGGCUGCAGGCUUUUGCCAGUCCUCAGGGUGCCCGCAGGGAUGGGUAAAGCCCAGCAGGCCUGUGGCACUUCCCAGGGGCCCUCAUCUCACUAGGGCCCACAGUGGCGUUAGGAUGCACCUCUCGGCGGUGUUCAAUGCCCUGCUGGUGUCGGUGCUGGCGGCAGUCCUGUGGAAGCAUGUGCGGCUGCGCGAGCAUGCAGCCGCUCUGGAGGAGGAGCUGGCCCUCGGCCGACAGACCGCAGAGCCAGCCCCAGCGCUGAGGAUCGACUACCCGAAGGCACUGCAGAUCCUGAUGGAGGGCGGCACAGACAUGGUGUGCACAGGCCGCACACACACUGACCGCAUCUGCCGCUUCAAAUGGCUCUGCUACUCCAGCGAAGCCGAGGAGUUCAUCUUCUUCCACAGCAACACCUCUGUCAUGCUGCCCAACCUGGGCUCCCGGCGCUUCCAGCCAGCCCUGCUCGACCUGUCCACCGUGGAGGACCACAACACCCAGUACUUCAAUUUUGUGGAGCUGCCGGCCGCCGCCCUGCGCUUCAUGCCCAAGCCAGUGUUCGUGCCUGACGUGGCCCUCAUUGCCAACCGCUUCAACCCCGACAACCUCAUGCAUGUCUUCCAUGACGACCUGCUGCCUCUCUUCUAUACCCUGCGGCAGUUCCCUGGCCUGGCCCGUGAGGCCAGGCUCUUCUUCAUGGAGGGCUGGGGCGAGGGUGCACACUUCGACCUCUACAAGCUUCUCAGCCCCAAGCAGCCACUCCUGCGGGCACAGCUGAAGACGCUGGGCCGGCUGCUGUGCUUCUCCCAUGCCUUUGUGGGCCUCUCCAAGGUCACCACCUGGUACCAGUAUGGCUUCGUCCAGCCCCAGGGCCCAAAGGCCAAUAUCCUUGUCUCAGGCAACGAGAUCCGGCAGUUUGCACAGUUCAUGAUGGAAAAGCUAAAUGUGAGCCAUGCAGGGGCCCCCCUAGGCGAGGAGUACAUUCUGGUCUUCAGCCGCACCCAGAACAGACUCAUCCUGAAUGAGGCAGAGCUGCUGCUGGCACUGGCCCAGGAGUUCCAGAUGAAGACAGUGACGGUGUCCCUGGAGGACUAUGCCUUUGCAGAUGUUGUACGGCUGGUCAGCAAUGCCUCCAUGCUGGUCAGCAUGCACGGGGCCCAGCUGGUCACUGCCCUCUUCCUGCCCCGUGGGGCAACUGUGGUUGAGCUCUUCCCGUAUGCCGUCAAUCCUGACCACUACACCCCCUAUAAGACGCUGGCCAUGCUGCCCGGCAUGGACCUCCAGUAUGUAGCCUGGCGCAACAUGAUGCCAGAGAACACGGUCACGCACCCUGAGCGGCCUUGGGACCAGGGGGGCAUCACCCACCUAGAUCGGGCAGAGCAGGCCCGUAUCCUGCAAAGCCGUGAGGUCCCGCGGCAUCUCUGUUGCCGGAACCCCGAAUGGCUCUUCCGAAUCUACCAAGACACCAAGGUGGACAUCCCAUCCCUCAUCCAAAGCAUACAGCGCGUGGUGAAGGGCCGGCCAGGGCCGCGGAAGCAGAAGUGGACAGUCGGUCUCUACCCAGGCAAGGUGAGGGAGGCGCGGUGCCAGGCGUCGGUGCAGGGUGCCUCUGAGGCCCGCCUCACUGUCUCCUGGCAGAUCCCGUGGAACCUCAAGUACCUGAAGGUGAAGGACGUAAAGUAUGAGGUGUGGCUGCAGGAGCAGGGGGAGAACACCUACGUGCCUUACAUGCUGGCCCUGCAGAACCACACCUUCACUGAGAACAUCAAGCCCUUCACCACCUACCUGGUGUGGGUGCGCUGCAUCUUCAACAGGAGCCUCCUGGGACCCUUUGCAGAUGUGCUGGUGUGUAACACGUAGCGAGCGGGCCGUGGCCAGGCUUUGGGAGGUCGGCUCCUCCAGUUCAGUGUCCCUGAGCCCGCUAGCCCCCUGUGGUGGCUUCUAGGAAUUAUUUGUUUAUUUAUUGAGCAGGCCUGCCCCAGGCCUGUGCCUCCGUGUCAUCUUACUGCUUCUGAGGUGUGGGGUUCGCAGCACUCCUCUGUGCACUGGUGCAAUGGGACCCCUCACCCCUUCUCCCAUCCUGAGCAUCUAUAGCCCUGGCAAAAGUCCUUAGGGGGAGGAGGAGGAGGAGAAGGAAGAAGGAAAGUAAGAAUCCCCAAGAACCUUGUUGGCUGAGUGGUCAUGCUGUUCCCCACUGAGUCUUUCUGGUUGACAUCGAAGUUUCUGGAAACUGCUGGUAAUUGUGUGCUUGUUUGGGUGGGUGGUUCAUCAGCUUCCAUCGUCAUGAAAUUCACCUGUAGCCCAGUGAAGGGUAUGUUGGGAACAUUCAUUAAAUGAUUAUAAACAUC